AUGCCUUCAUUCACCAAGUUGGCGCUCUCUGCCCUCGCGAUUACCACAGCCCUCGCAACAGGAACCAACGAUUUCUCCUGCCAAAGCUCUCACAAUCCAGUCGUCCUCCUGCACGGACUUGGCGCCACAUUUUAUGAAGAUCUGAACUUCAUGCAGUACUGGCUGCAAACCCAAGGCUUCUGCACGUACGCGAUCACAUAUGGCGCACAUGAUGGCUUCCCAUUGCUUGGCGGCCUGAAGGCAAUCAACGAGAGUGCCCCCGAAAUCGCCGCGUACAUUAAAGAAGUUGUGCAAAAGACCGGAAAGAGCAAAGUUGACCUAGUGGGUCACUCUGAGGGUGCGUUCCAAGCUCUCUACGUGCCUAAGUUCGAGGGCGUCGCCCACCUCGUCGACAAGAUCGCAUCUAUCGCACCACCUACCCAUGCCACUACAUUUGCCAACAUCUACGACCUCGCAUACUUGUUUGGCAACGCGUCGCGCGAACUCGUGGGCGAAGUGCUCGAUACUCUCGGCUGCCCUGCUUGUGACGAUCUCGGCCCUGAUGGCGCAGCCGUUUUGCGCUUGAACGACGGUACCCCCAUCGCGCAGCCCGGUAACAGUAUCACUAUCAUCGCGUCCAAGUAUGAUGAGCUGGUUACCCCCCUUCCACAUCUUUCAUCAAUGAGGACGGCGUGA